AUGUCAAGACAAAAUCAGGAGAAUAGAAAGAAGCUAACCAAUAACCACACAGCAAGCCACAAAUCCUUUGUUAGGAUACUGAAGGAGAAGAGAGCGACAAAUGUGACUUUUGUGGAGUUUUAUAAGGAGACUCACUGGUCGAAGAAGAACGGUAAAUUUGUCACCUCAGCCACUGAAGACACCUAUAAAAAGAUGGUUAGCAAACUGGAUGAUCUAGAGCCUAAACAACGCACCGAUAAGGCAGCAGCAAGUGUGUUUAGGGAGGUACUUGGGCAUAGACCAGGAUAUGCCCGGGGGCUAGGGGAGAUGGUCAUCCCAGAGUCGACAAGACAACGGGACUGUGAACGAGAGAAAGAGUACCUUGCCUUGAUUGAACAACACAAGAAAGACGCCGACAACUACAAGAAAGACGCCGACAACUACAAGAAAGAUGCCUUGAGCUACAAGACGCAACUUGAGGAAAUGAGGGAUGAAAUGCGUGCACUUCGUGAGAGGCAAAAUGAAACUGAUAACAUGUUGAGGGAAUUCUUCCAAAAUUUCCCGUCUUACCCUGAGUCUAUCCAGUCUCGUGGAGAGACUCAGUGAGCUACCUUCAAAACGCAUGGGAAGGGUUUUUUUGUGUAUUUUGAGCACUUUUUGGUGGUGGGAGAUGGUAUGUGGCCAAUAUAUAUAUAUAUAUAUAUAUAUAUAUAUAUAUAUAUAUUUUCACAAAUCCACACACACACACACACACACAUAUAUAUAUAUAGUGAAGAUUAAGGUUGUCUACUUUUGCAUCGUUGGAGUCAUUGGGCAGUUGAGGGAAUUUUUAGACUUUACUGUGUGGAAGUUUGGGUAUAUGCUGAUGAGUUGUUCCAAUUAUCUAGAGGGUGUUGGGUAAGGAUCUGACAUAUUGUGGGCUUCGAAGAAUUGCAGCACGAUGAAAGACAAUUCAGUGAAUUGAGAUUAUUGUCAGUGAAAGAGAUGAAGGUUUUUAGAAGUUUUGUUUUCCAUUGAUUCUUUCUCCUAGACUUUUAUUUUCUCUUCCUCGAUCAAUGCAUUUGCGGGUGUUUAGCAAAUAAUGUAUCCCUCUAGCUACAAUAUAACCACCUUAUGUGUUCUUCUUCUGCAGAUACCAUGCUCCACAUAAGGAAGUCUAUGAGUGGUUCAAUAGGAUAAGUUUUGAUAAAUUUGGACGUACUUCAA